UUCUAUACAUUUGGGAUGCUCGUGGUGAAAUUGAUUUCAAAACGACCACAGAAACAUUAUUUCCUUUUCUUUUGUUUUUUUGCAGAGAAACGACGCAUCCUGGACAGCAUCUCCGGCGAGUUUAAGGCGGGCCAGCUGACGGCCAUCAUGGGGCCGUCGGGCGCGGGCAAGUCCACCCUGCUGGACGUGCUCUCGGGAUACACAUCCUCGGGCUUCCACGGACGACUUCUCGUCAACGGCUCCCCCCGGGACUCGCGCACCUUCCGGAGGCAGAGCGUGUACAUCCAGCAGGACGCCUCCCUCCACCCGCAGCUCACCGUGUCCGAGGCCAUGAACGUGGCCUCGGUGCUCAAGCUGGGUCGGCGGGGACCCGAGAUCGACGAGGUGCUGUACUCGCUGGGGCUGCUGGAGCAGCGCGACACCAUGACGUCGAGCCUGUCUGGCGGCCAGCUCAAGAGGCUGGCCACGGCCCUGGAGCUGCUCAGCAACCCCCCCGUCAUGUUCUUCGACGAGCCCACCAGCGGCCUGGACUCGUCCACCACCAAGCAGUGCGUCGGCGUGCUACGCAGGCUGGCGCGCCAGGGCCGCACCGUGGUCUGCACGAUCCACCAGCCGUCGGCCACCGUGUUCGAGAUGCUGGACCAGCUGUACCUGGUGGUGGGCGGGCGCUGCGCCUACAGCGGCCACACCGCCAACCUCCUGCCGUACCUGGCCGGCCUGGGGCUCCGCUGCCCGCCCUACCACAACCCGGCGGACUACGCGCUCGAGGUCGCCGGCGGCGAGUACGGCGACUUCUCCGAGGAGCUGGUGAAGGCCAGCGACAACGGCCGCUGCGUCAUGUGGACGACCACCUACACGGCUAAGCAGGCCCUCCCGGGGGUGGCGGGGACCUCGGCGGCGACGGACGCCGCGGGCAGGCUGUCCAGACAGAGCAGCUCGGUGGCGUCCUCGUCGUCGCAGUCCGAGGUGAAGCCCGGGCGGUGUAGUCGCCAGAAGCUCACGUACCCGACCACCUUUUGGCUGCAGCUGUACGUCCUCAUCAAGAGGACCUUCCUCAAGGGCCUGCGCGACAGAAUGCUGUGCCACUCCCGCCUCUACAUCCACCUCGUGGCCGGACUGCUCAUCGGGGUGCUCUUCCUGGACAUCGGCGGCGACGCGGCGCACGUCUUCCACAACUUCAGCCUUCUCUUCUUCUGCCUCAUGUUUCUCAUGUUCACCGCGCUGUCUGCCAUGAUCCUGGCCUUUCCGCUGGAGAUGCCUAUCAUCGCCCGGGAGCACUUCAACCGCUGGUACUCGCUCAAGUCGUACUUCCUGGCGGUGACGAUGGCGGACGUGCCGCUGCAGGGGGUGUGCGUGUGCGUGUACACGGCCGUGGUGUACUACAUGACGGCGCAGCCCAUGGAGCCGCUGCGCUUCCUGCAGUUCCUCCUCAUCUGCGCCCUGGUCUCGUUCGUGGCGCAGAGCGUCGGCCUGCUGGUGGGCGCCGCCAUGAAGGUGGAGCACGGAGUCAUCUUUGGGCCGCUCGUCAUCCUGCCCUUCACCAUCUUCUCCGGCUACUUCGUGAUCCAGCGCGACGCGCCCGCCAGCAUGCAGUGGCUGUUCAAGGCGUCCUACCUCAAGUACGGCCUGUCCGGCUCCAUGCUGGCCGUGUACGGCUACGGCCGCGCGCCGCUGGAGCGCUGCUCCGAGGACUACUGCCACUUCAAGCGACCAGACAAGUUCCUCCACGAGCUGGACCUGGACGAGGGCAACUACUGGCUGGACGCCGCCAUCCUGUUCGCCAUCGGCUCCGUCCUCAGACUGGGCGCCUACUUUGUGCUCAAGUUCCGACUGAGGCGCUUUCGACAGUAGGACCGGCAGUGACUAAUGACUGUCUGAAUGAUAGUGAGUGUGUAUGAGUGUGUGUUUGUGUGUGCGUGAUUAAAAUGUGCAUUCAAAAUAUCAUAAACAAAGAAUCCACGGUGUGGUGACUUGAUCAGGCUGUAAUACCUCGGUGUCUUCAGAUUUUAGUGGGAAGAGUCAGUCUGUAUAGUGUAUUUAUUUUUGUACAUGUAGUUAGUGAAAUGUUUAUGGAGGGUAAUUAGGCUAUGUGGCAUUUUGUUAAGGUUCCUCGCCAUUUUAAAUCAAAAUCCGUCUUUAGCGUGGAUUUGUUUCUUUCGUUGUUCUUUCCGAACUUCUUUUGCAUCAAAGGGAGUUUCGGUGCAUUGCGUAUUAUUAUACUUUACGAGUUGGAUGCGUGUCUGUAUCCUAUUUAAAAACUGAAUAGUAUUUCGAUGUCCGUGCUGACUUGACUGGAGAAGAAUUGUCGCUCAAAACGCUUACACUUUCACGGAUCUCACUUAGGUAUCCAGCGAUGCAUACGACCUCGGCCCUUUUCGUGUGAGAGGGGGCCGGAGUGUCCAGUCGCAAAAUGUGCCAGAGUAGAAAUUACUUGAGGUAAAUUUGAUGACGGAGUUUAAGCGAAACUGAAGUCUUGUGUGCCUCUUCGGCCGUCACUGGGCAAACACAAACAAGAACUGUGUAUGUAUCUAGUUUCGCCUCGUUUGUGAUACGUAGCUUAAGUACAUGUUUUCGUGCAUUUUAUAACUGUCAGUGAUAUAUGGUAUAUUCCAGAGUGCCUAACAGAUUCUGUCUGAAUCUAUUCGAAUUACUCACGAAACCGUAAAGUUAUCGUUAAGUUCUUUCACUAAAAAAACCAAAGAGGAUUUCAUAUCAAGAUUCAUGGAGGGUUCUGAACACCAGUACAGAAUACAUUUUAUUAUUAGUUAAUUAGGUUUACCCGUUCUUAUUCUUGGCAUUUGUAUUGCUGUAAUAAUGAUCAUGUCAUAGCAGUCAUUUUGUGCCAGUGACUGGGUUGUAAUUUUUUGGCUCUUGUCUGUAGUAAGUUUUUACUGUUAUGUAUUAUGUUAUAUGCCAUGUGAUUUACAGAUUUUAUUAUAUUAAAUAUGAUAAUGGUCAGGA